CAAAUCCUUAUUAUAAGCGGUGAAAAUAAAAAACGGAUAAAAGAAAACCCAUUUGGCGGUCAAAGUUGGAGCUCGGCCUGCGUCUCCGGCCGGACCAAUCUUCACAAUACGUAUUCUUUAGGGUUUGCCACUCUGGUCUACUCCGGUGCUUCUUUCAAUUUCUUCAGCGUCUUGGAUAAAAGAAAUGGCUAAUCAAUUGCACGGUUACAGCUCUGUCUACGGUGCGGGACCUGCCACUUCAACUGCCACUGCCACUGCCACUGCCACUGCCACUACACCUCUUCCCGCCGUAUACUCGUCUUCCCGCUCCCUCUCCGACAUCGUCUCCGGCCGUUACCUCGUGUCAGACUCGCUGGCCUCCGGUCUCUCCAUUAAGCACUCUUUUAUUGAUCGUGGUACCACCAUGUAUUCGACCCAGAAUGAAGCCCUUAGGUUAUCCGCCGCCGACAUUGUCCCAAGAACGUCGCAUUCGGUCUCUCAAUUUUCUUGGCCGGGUUCUGAUGCUGCUACUGCUCUGGACUCUGUUGUUUCUGGCAUCCAACGUUCUUCUGACGUGCUCUACGAUCAGACUGUUUUGGGUUCCUAUAACACUUUGGGGCAAAGUGAAGCCUGGUAUACUUCAAAUUCUUUAGCCAAGCGUCCUAGAUUUGAAAGUACAAGCAAUUUGCAUGUAUAUCCACAGAGGCCAGGAGAGAAGGACUGUGCCCACUAUAUGCUCACAAGAACCUGUAAAUUUGGAGAUAGCUGCAAGUUUGACCAUCCUAUUUGGGUUCCUGAUGGUGGAAUCCCAGAUUGGAAAGAGGUCCCACAAAUAACUAGUAGUGAAGAUCUCCCAGAAAGACUUGGGGAGCCAGAUUGUCCAUACUUUUUGAAAACUCAACGAUGUAAAUUUGGUUCAAGGUGCAAGUUCAAUCACCCUAAAGAUACGUCUGAAUCUGUGGGUGCUGAAAAAUCUGAUGUUUCGUCCUUACCUGAGAGACCAUCUGAGCCACUGUGUGCAUUCUAUGUUAAGACCGGAAAUUGCAAAUUUCGUGUUAACUGCAAGUUCCAUCACCCAAAAGAUAUCCAAAUUUUAUCUGGGGAAGUUAAUGGAAAUAGCGAACAAACUUUGAUGGAAGCUAAUACAGAAGGAAGAAUUGGAGACUUCAAGCUUGUUAAGCCUCCUGUUUCAUUUUCUCCGGCAUUAAUACACAAUUCUAAAGGACUUCCAAUUAGACCGGGUGAAGUGGAUUGUCCAUUCUACUUGAAAACGGGCAGUUGCAAGUAUGGUACCACUUGCCGCUACAAUCACCCUGACAGAAAUGCAAUCAAUCCAUCUACUCCAGCAAUGGUCUCAGCUGCUAAUAUGAAUAUUGGAAUUUCUAAUCCUUCUAAUGCUAUUUAUCAAGCUGUUGAUCCCAGAUUAAUUCAGCCACUGUUGGGAUCCAGCUCAAGUAUUUACCCUCGAAGACCUGGGCAGAUAGAAUGUGACUAUUAUAUGAAGACUGGGGACUGUAAAUUUGGGGAACGUUGCAAAUUUCACCACCCUAUUGAUCGGUCAGCACCAAUGCAGGCUUCUCAACAUAAUGUGAAACUAACACUUGCUGGACUGCCAAGGAGGGAGGAUGCCAUAAUUUGUCCAUAUUAUCUCAAAACUGGUACCUGCAAGUAUGGGUCUACUUGCAAAUUUGACCACCCACCUCCUGGAGAAGUGAUGGCAAUGGUAGCAGUACAACUUGUUCCAGGAAAAGAAGGUGAAGAACGGAUAGAUGAACCAACCAGUUGAUGAACAGAAGUAUAAUGUCGUCUUUCACAACCAUUGUAGCUUGUUUAAAUAAACUGAAGUUGUGAUUUCAUAGUCAGUCCUGCAUCAAAUUUAUUCCUUGUAUUUGACAGACCAAUACUUGUUAUUCCUUCCCUCUACCCUUCUGUAAUAUCAAUGCGCGCCUAUGAAUUUGACACGUGAAUGUUUUGUUGGUUGUGUC